AAUGCAGCGGGCGGCGGCGCGGGUCCUGCACGGGGCGCGGACCCCCCAAGUGCUGAACCCCUCGGUUCGGACCCCCGCGGUUCGGAACCUCCCCGUGCGGGCGCGAUCGGCCACGGCGGGGACCGCUCCGCUCGGGCUGUUGUAUGAGCGGCACGGGGAGCCCGCAGCCGUCGUGCAACUGAAGGAUCUGGAAGUGCCAAAGUUGGGGGACUGCGAUGUCCACAUCAAGAUGCUGGCAGCCCCCAUCAAUCCUGCUGACAUCAACAUGAUCCAAGGGACCUACCCCCUCCUGUCGCCGCUGCCAGCCGUGGGAGGCAACGAAGGUGUCGGGGAGGUGCUGGAGGUUGGGUACCGUGUGACAGCUCUGAAACCUGGAGACUGGGUCAUCCCUGCAGACGCUGGACUCGGGACGUGGCGGACACGGGGAGUGUUCCCUGAGGAGAAGCUGCUGAAGGUGCCCAGUGACAUCCCAGUGCUCUGUGCUGCCACUCUGAGCGUCAACCCCUGCACAGCAUUCCGUCUGCUGGCCGACUUCGAGAGCCUGGUGCCCGGUGACUCUGUCAUCCAGAAUGCUGCCAACAGUGGUGUGGGCCAGGCUGUCAUCCAGAUUGCCAGGGCCUCCGGCAUCAAGACCAUCAAUGUGGUGAGGGAAAGACCUGAUCUCCCAAAGCUAGUGGAGAGGCUGAUGGCCCUGGGCGCUGACCGUGUUAUCACAGAGGAGAUGCUGAGAAAGCCAGAGAUGAAAGACAUAUUUAAGAGCAUCCCGAGGCCCCGGCUCGCCCUGAACUGCGUUGGAGGCAAAAGCACCACGGAGAUGCUGCGGCAUCUGCAGCCCAAGGGGACCAUGGUCACCUACGGGGGGAUGGCAAAGCAGCCUGUGAUGGUGCCUGUGAGUGCCUUCAUCUUCCGGGACGUGCGGCUCCGUGGGUUCUGGAUGACACAGUGGCGGAAGGACCACGCACAGGACCAGGAGAGCGUGGCCACGAUGAUGGACGCCCUGUGCCAGCUCAUCCGCAGGGGCCAGCUCACAGCGCCGGCCUGCACUGAGGUCCCGCUUCAGGACUACAGGGCAGCACUGGAGGCCUCCAUGAAGCCCUUUGUGUCCUCCAAGCAGAUCCUCCUCCUCUGAUCUGCAGCUCCUGGAGCCCUGUCCUUUUCCACAUGCUUGUCCACAGACUUGAGGGGGGAAAAGACUCUCCAGAUCCAUUGAAUUUCUUUUUUCCUUUGUUUUUCACAUUUUGGAUACACAUUGAAAGUUUUAAA